GAGGGUUAAAUUUUUUAUUGCUCCAGAGGCAAGGUGUGUUUCUUUGGUCGUCAGGUUUUUGGAAUGUCAUCAAAGUUUGACUUUAAAGCAGAAGACAUGCUUAAAUUUUGGCCGGUCAAGACUCGAGAAUGAAAUUUGUUUGUAACAGUAUUCAUGGUCCUUCAUUUUAUGAGCAUGUCGUGAUUCGUGAUUGCUACUCUUCAUUAUAUGUCUUACUGGGUGGUUCCAAAGAUGAUGUUAUUCUUGAGGAGAAUCAGGGUUUGCGACUGGCGACCUUGCUGGUCUCAAACAGAGGCAACCUGGUGCUAGAGGCUUGACAGGCCAGGUUGUUUUUGAGAUCAAUAGCUUUACCCUCUUGGGCUGGAGCUUUUUUGCAUAAAGCCAGGCUUAGCAAGGAUCCGCCUGUCAUAGCAUAUGUGGUUUAGUGGUUAUCUCCACUAUGCUUCAAUUUUCUGCUCCUUAACAAUUCACCACCUGUUGGACUUAUUUCUAAUUUUGUCUUAAUUCCUGAAAUAGGUAAGUUGAGCACUGAAAAAGAAGCUGAACAGGAGGGAUGGAUAGUCAAGAAAAUAACAACCAUCCUAGACAGUUGGUCGAAGCAUCCUCGAAUGACCAGAGAUUCUUGAUCAACUUCAUUAUGGGAACUUUCUUGGGCCCUGAUGUCAAAACUGAUAUCCCAAGGCGAUCAGCCGCCCAGAGAAUGGCUGAAGGUCUGCCCCCAUACAGUUUGAAUGAUUUAGGUUCUUCAUUUGUUAGUCUUCCUCAAGUAGAAAAUUUAUACUACUACAUUUUGCGGCAUGCACACCCAAGUGCAGUAUUAAAACUGCACUCACUAUACAUGUACUUCAAAGGUAAAUUAUCUUCUCCAUGGUCUGGGUUGCUUGAAGAUAGCCAGCAGUUUACAAGUUUCUUCCCUCUGAAUCUUCAUAAGCAGACUAGGUACAGGGGUAGCCAUAAGGUCAAUGGAACCAUUCUGAUUGACAACCCUGAUACUUCAUACAUUAAAUUAGAGGAUCUGGAAAAGUUCAGGCAUUUAACUGGCAUGUAUGAUAUUAAGAUCAAUAUAGGAGAAGUCCAAUUAUACUCCCAUGGGUACCGAACUGACAAAGAAGAAAGUAACCAAGACAAGAUGAGUAAGGAAACAGAAAUAAAAGGGGUUCUCAGUGGAAGUGCUAGUGCCACUGCAAAACAUCAAGUUGGAAUGAAGAAAAGGAGCCAUACUGAUCCCUUUCAAAUGGACACCCUGCCUCAACUUUGUCCUAUACCCAUACAAGCUCAUCCAAUUGAAGAAAGUUUUUCUAUAAGGACCUCUGAGUUGGGUGGGCCUUCCAUGGUGUCACUUUUCUCCACUCCCAAGUUGGAACAAUGCAACUCAAAUUCCUCUAUCAUUUUAACAGGAACUGCAAAAGAAGGGAGAGCCGGACCACCUGUUGGUCUUGUUGACAUAGGAAUAAGUAAGGAUGCAUAUCUUUUUCGAGUCGCUCUGCCUGGUGUCAAGAAAGAUCAAGGUCAGUUUAGUUGUGAGAUUGAACACAACGGGAAGGUCCAUAUCCGAGGGGUGAUGGCGACAGGUGAAAGAUCUGUCCUUAGACAUUCACGUUUAUUUCAGAUGAAGACCCAGCACCUUUGCCCGCCUGGACCGUUCACAGUCUCUUUCAGUCUGCCUGGACCUGUGGACCCAAGAUUGUUUUCACCCGAUUUCAGAUCAGAUGGAAUCCUUGAAGCUGUAGUGAUGAAAUACAAAAUACCUGGUGCAUAGAUGCUUGAAGCUGUAC